UUGAAAUUCAAUUCACAAACCAUAGUGUAAAUGCGUGUUCAAGUUUUAAAUUCAAGUUAUAAAGCUGAAGUGAUAUUAUGCAGAGUCUAUGAUUGUAUAAACGUUAUUAAAGUAGAAUUGUUUUUGAAAUCGUCGUAGCAACACAAUGUCAAAAAUUUAUGUGUCAGGCUUGAAUGCAAAUAAAAUUGUCUUGGUCAAUAAAUACGAUGAUGAAGAAUCGAUAACAGUGAGUGAUAAAUUUCUUUCAAUACCAGAUGAAGAAAUUACUAAUAUCGACAUUGGUUGGGAUUAUUAUCUUAUUUGGAAAAAUAAUAAUGUCUAUAUAACUGGAAAAAUUGUAAAUAGUAAUGAUAUUCUUGUAAACAAGUUACUUCAAAUACCACAAUGUUCUGAUCAUAAAUUCAAACAGGUUAUUGCAGGAUCUGAGAAAAUAACAGUUUUGGUAGAUAAUUAUGACAUAUGGCUGUACAAUAUUUACUCCGAUACUUGGGAAAUAGUUCCGUCAACAUUCAUUCUCAACUCGUGCGAAAACGAUAAAGAGUAUGUCAUUAAAAUUUCUCAAGGCCGAUGCACUGUAGGCUUGACGAAUUUCGGCCGUGUCUUUAAUAUUCCAAUAUCUCUGAAUAACCCUGAUGAAAUCAAGUUCGUUGACAUUGCUUGCGGAUAUAAUCAUACACUGUUACUUGCAGAAAACGGUGAUAUAUACUCGACAGGAAUGGGAACGCGGGGAGAAUUAGGACAUGGUGAUUUAGAAGAUUGCGACGAGCCUAAACUAAUAGAAGCGUUAGCUGGUUUAAAAGUUAUACACAUUUCAACUUACGGUUGGCAUAGUGCUGUUGUAACAGAUCAAGGUGAUUUGUAUACUUGGGGAUGGAAUAAUCAAGGACAGCUUGGACAACCAAAUAUUGAGAACGUACUAGCUGUGCCUACUCUAGUAGAUUUAAAAGAUUCCACUCAAAAAGAGAUUGAAUUAAAUGUUAUCAAAGCCGAAUGUGGAAGUGCAUUCACCAUUUGCCAAACUGAUAAUGGAAAUCUAUGGGGUUGUGGAUCAAAUAAGUACGGCCAACUAGGUAUAUCUAGAAAUAAAUUAACGAUGUCAAAAGAGUUUAUUUUGUUAGAAUUCGAUGAUCCAAUAGGAAAAAUCGUUGAUUUUAAGUGUAGAGAGUGGAGUACUUUCGUACGAACUAUAGUUAAUAAAACAGUCUAA